AGCAUUGAUGCUGUUGCUGAUGCUGUUGCCCGGCGCCUGUAUCCGUGGAGCCAGACAGGGGUAACCGUAGCCACCGGUCCAGCAGCAGCAGCAGCAGCAGCAGCAGAGAAGACAGGGACAGAAGGGGGAGUGAGAAGGAUAGUCAGCAUCUCUGGGGAAUUACAUACACGUGCAGUGAGAAGAUGACUCUGGCAGCCUACAAGGAGAAGGUCAAAGAGCUCCCCCUGGUGUCUCUGUUCUGCUCCUGCCUGAAUCCACAGACAUUAGAAAAACCUACAUAUAAGGCAGAAGAUGCAGUGGACCUGGGCUGGUGCGCCAUCAAAGAUGUGGAGGUGAUUGAAUUGAAUAAGCGGGCAUCGGGCCAGGCCUUCGAGGUCAUUCUCAAGCCCCCGUCCUUUGACGGCGUGCCAGAUCUGAACACCUCCAUGCCGCAGCGUCGUGACCCAUCCCUGGAGGAAAUCCAGAAGAAACUCGAGGCCGCCGAGGAGAGGCGAAAGUGCCAGGAGGCCGAGCUGCUGAAGCACCUGGCGGAGAAGAGGGAGCACGAGCGCGAGGUGAUCCAGAAGGCCUUUGAGGAGAACAACAACUUCAUCAAGAACGCAAAGGAGAAGCUGGAGCAAAAGAUGGAGGCCAACAAGGAGAACAGGGAGGCCCUGCUGGCCGCCAUGCUGGAGAGGCUGCAGGAGAAGGACAAGCACGCAGAAGAAGUGAGGAAGAACAAGGAGAUGAAGGAGGAAGCCUGCCGAUAGACGACUGGAGCAAGGGAGUCUCGAGAGAGAGAGAGAGAGAGAGAGAGAGGGUGAAAACUUGGAGCUUUCUGAGUCGAUUUAAAAAAAGGAAUUUAAAAAACAGUGCAGAAAAAAAAUAAGAACUUGAACAAAGGGAAAGGCAAGUUUUCAUAUUUGAUGUAUGCUGUAACGAUUCUGAACAAGCUGUACAAAGUUAAGCCGACACUUGAUGUUGAAAUUCACAAGGAAAUCUGUUGCUUUUUUUCUAAC